AUGAAUACAGGAAGCACACACAACCGAUUCCUUCGGCCCAAGACGGAUCCUAUGCAUCCAAGAGUUCCAGCUGCACCUUCCAUGAUCGAGGAGGAGUUGGUAUAUGAAGCCAGAAGCCCCCUCUACUAUCAAUUGAAGAAAUCCGCUAGUAAGGAUGUUUCCAUUAGCGCCAGCAUAGCCAAGCGUCUGUCAGGACUCGUGUUGAAUAGCGAUGGUGUGUGCGACUCAGUAUCGAAUCAAGAAGAGUCUCUAUAUCGCCAAAGAUUGGUCAAUUCGCCUGAUAGUGGAGUGACAUGUGGUGUGAGCUGCUCAGAUCAAAAGGAUACAUCUCUCUAUCAGAGUAUAUCGCCUUACGCUGUCAGUAUUCCAAGGAGGGCGGUUUCUUCACUGUUGCCGUUGGACAGACCCAAGUGA